CCACACUAGGAAUACGAGCGCAGCAGGCAGCCAGUAGUGUCAGGGAGGUUGGGAGACACCUCCUCCCCCUGUCUCCGGAGCAGCCAGCCAGGCACUGGGGCUGCUGGUGAGUGUGUGCUGCUAUUGCUGCUGGCUGAGUGAGUGACGUGCCUGCGCCUCUCUGCGGGAGUGUGCCCUGCACCUGGCUCCGGUCUCUCAGGGAGAUGCAGAGAGCGAAUCCCGAGCCCCGGCUCCUGUGUGUCACCGCUCACCCUUCCCCACCUACACUGCCGUCAGAAGCAGCAUCUUCCCAGGAUACAGCCGGGAGCUGCUGCAGCAGCCGUGUGCUGGGGCUCCGCUCUGUGGUACAUAGCAUUGCUGGGACUGUAUCACUCAACAGAUAAGUGGUGUGUAUACCCUGCACUACCUUGAGCAUCAGGGCAGAUGGCCACAACCUUCUUCUGCUUGAUACCUUCCACGUUCUUCCUUCGCUCCACUGCUGGCUCCCAUUUAUCUCAUACCUUGUGCAUAACAGGGAAUAGCAGAGGCAGGAAAGCCAACCAGAGCUCCCAGAUAGACGAGCUUCAUUGUAUAGCUCAACCUUCUAGAUGAUAGCAUUAUGAAAACCCAUUUAAACAAGGAUGAUGGUAAAUAAAAGAUGGUUUCCAGAUGAAUGAAGACUGAUUUUCACUGUUCUCAGUCAGAUGACAAGGGCUAGAUGCACAGAAGAACUCAAAGACUGGAGAAGUCCUGAAGAUUGAUGGAGGGCCAUGCUAUUCAAACAGCAGGCGUUGCUGAGACAGAAGCUCUUUGUGCUAGGCAGCCUUGCUGUUGGAAGCCUCCUAUAUCUAGUUGCCAGAGUUGGGAGCUUGGAUAGACUGCCUCCCAUUUGUCCAAGCGAAAGCCGAUUCAGUCCGCAGAGUCAGGAUGCAAUCGCUCUCCGUGCUAUGCAGUAUAAGAGAGGACUACUACAUGAAUUUCGGAAAGGAAAUGCAACUAAAGAGCAAAUCCUCCUCCACAAUUUGGUCCAGCAGCUACCAAAGGCGAUUAUCAUUGGUGUAAGAAAAGGAGGAACUAGAGCCUUACUUGAAAUGCUAAAUCUCCACCCUGCUGUAGUCAAGGCUUCUCAAGAAAUACAUUAUUUUGACAAUGAUGAGAACUACGCAAAGGGUAUUGAGUGGUACAGAAAAAAGAUGCCAUUCUCCCACCCACACCAAAUAACUAUAGAGAAAAGCCCAGCAUACUUCAUCACAGAUGAGGUUCCUGAAAGAAUAUACAAAAUGAACUCCUCCAUUAAACUACUCAUCAUUGUUAGAGAGCCAACAACAAGAGCCAUUUCUGACUACACACAGGUGCUGGAGGGCAAGGAAAGGAAGAAUAAAACCUACUACAAGUUUGAGAAAAUGGCUAUGGAUUCUAACACCUGUGAGGUGAACACUAAGUACAAGGCCGUGAGGACCAGUAUUUAUACCAAGCAUUUGGAAAGGUGGCUGAAGUAUUUCCCUAUUGAACAAUUUCACAUUGUUGAUGGGGAUCGACUGAUCACAGAACCACUGCCAGAACUGCAACUGGUGGAAAAGUUUCUCAAUCUGCCACCAAGGAUAAGUCAAUACAACCUUUACUAUAAUGCCACCCGGGGGUUCUAUUGCUUGAGGUUUAAUAUUGUCUUUAACAAGUGCCUGGCAGGUAGCAAGGGGCGCAUACAUCCUGAGGUCAACCCUUCAGUUAUUACCAAAUUGCACAAAUUCUUUCAUCCUUUCAAUCAGAAGUUUUACCAGAUCACUGGCAGGACAUUUAACUGGCCCUAAUUACUAUUGUCUACAACACUAUGUGUUGCACAACGCUUUCAUUAAUGUCUGUAACAGGACAAUUAUGCACUUUUCAUGGACACUUUUAUUAGAGUACGUUUUGCUUAAUUUCCUGAAUAAAUGUAAUUUAUGUAUGUGACCAAAUACUUAAAGGAAAAAUUUCUUCUGAGAAGUAACUACUCUUUCCAUAGGUUUAACAAAAAAAAAAUUAUUCAUAUCAAAAUAGUAAAUGGACGUGUCACUUUUUAUUUUAUGUUAACGUAGUGCUUAAUAGGCAAAAUGGUAGCAUUGCUGCAAAUAGGAGAGAGAAUGACUGCAGUAUUACUACAAUUCCCAGACAAGGUACACUUAGCUCCAGCAAGAUAGAAGGAACUUGCCACCUACACAUAGUCAAGGUACACAUUGUGUCCUUAAUCUGUAGUUAUAAAAAUGUACCUUGUCAGUUUAGUAGGAACGCGUAACACGUUUUAGCCAUAUUGAUCAGUUUCUAAUAAAUUGAUAAGGUGACUUCUCAUAAAUAUUGGCUAAGCUCAGAAAAUGCAACAUUUACCAUUUAUAGGUGACACUCUUUUGUAUGCUACGGACCCUUUACCAGUCACAUAAGAUAAUUAGGUAUCAAAUCCCCUUUAGUGAAAAUGUAAGAACAAAGUCAAAUACUUCUAGUGGAUAUCUUAAGAGUUAGCACGAUUGAUCAGGGUGCCAGAACAUGGGGAAAUCAAAUCUAUAUGAUGUGGUCCAUUCAUCUAGGUGUGUUUUGCCUUUGGUGAUCCUGUCAUAUAUUCUGUUUUGAAGAAUAGUGAUACAUGCCAAUUAGCAGGGCAUCUGUUUUUAAAUACAUAUAUUCUUACAAGGAAGCACAAUCUGUUUUUGCUCUUGGCAAAACACACCUAAAAAAGCAUUGGGAAAUUGUACUUAACCUGUAUAAAAAGGCAUCCCUGCUCCCCAAAUGCAUUCACCCUCAACAAUGUACGAGCAAAACAGUGGCAGCAUAACAGAAAAUCAACAUCUUGAUACCAAAUAAAUCUAGUGUAUGUCUGAAAAUCAAACAUACAAUAAAAAGAAUUUGAUAAGUUAAACAAGAAAACAAAGAUGUGCUGCAUUCUCACGGAACAUGUAUUUCUAUGUAUACGGCAGUGGUUCCCAAACUCUUUUGAGUCACAGCACGUCGGCACCCAAGAGUAUCAGAUGUUUUUCAUGGCACCCCCAGGCCAAAAAUUUCUUAUUGAGAAAUUCAGAAAAAAUAUUACAUUUAAUAAAUUGUGAUUAUAUAUCAUCCUUAGGACAAGAUUUGCUUCUGUUUGUCCACAUAUUUUAUGAGUGGCAGCCAGUAGCAUUGGUUUUGUCUAAAACAUUGACCAUAAAUAAUUUAAAUUGGUCCUGGACCACCAACCCAGGGUGCCACGGCACACAGUUUGAGAACCACUGGUAUACGGUAUCUUUUCCAUAUACUGUGCAUUAGCUCUCAGUCAACAGAUACUAUAUACCUAUUAAGUUGCCGAUUUACAUAUUUUAUUGUCUCUUUAAGAGACAAUAAAAGAGAUUAAUACAAUGUUCAUAUUAUUAAAUCAAACAGUUCUCGUCUUACUCUUAUUCCAAAGUUUCUGUAGUGAAUUUGCACUAACAGUUUCUUGUACAGGUACCUGUCACUUGUAGCAUGUUGACAAUAAAAAACAUUGGUUUGGCCAUUCCCCUAAAUGUGUUUGUCUAUCAGAAGAGACAUACUGUAAAUAAUGUAUAUUUUAUUGUACAUACUGGUUUCACAUUAAGUAACUAUAUUUUGUAAAACUGAGUAUGACUCUUUAAAUUAUUGUGAGAAGUUUUAUUGUGGCUAUUUAACUUGGAAUGAAUUAAAAUCACUAAAUGUG